AUGGGGCCAUCCUUGCAGGCGUCAGUUGCAGCAGCAUCUGUCUCGGCAUGCUCGGUGCCGUCCGCUAUCACCAUUGCUGUCCUUGCUGCUCAGGAUCACCACCACAACAACAAUAGCAGCAUGGGCAUGAAUAACAUCACGUUCGAGACAGCAACAACAGCAAUUCUCAAGACAAAGGCUGGUGAUUCAUGUCUGGGGUGCAGGAGCAUCUUUGUUGGGCCUUGUCUCCUGGACGAUCGCUUCCAGGUCCGACUCCUUGCUAUUGUCUUGGCUGUCACCGAUCAUGGAGGCAGAAAGCUUGUUGCUGCUAGUACCGUUUUCGUUAUGGUGCUGGAUCGUUCUGGAUCUGAGGUUGGGACCUCAAGUGAGCAGCAGCUGUUAAUCGAGGAGGUGAAUGUUUCAACUGUUCACAAGGAAAGGGAGAUGCAGCUGAAAAAAGAGCAAGCAGAGCGUACGGAGCAGGAGUCUUGUGUGACGAGCGUUGAUACAGAAGAACUGAGCGAGAUUGGACAGGAUAUGGGUGGAGCCCAACAACACAUUGUCGCCAAUGCACUAUCUCUGAGGAUGCUUCGCCGGUCAGCCCCUUGUCGACAAACCGAGGAUCGGCCAUCAUACAAGGGGGGCAACUCGGAUGCAAUCAUGAUCAAGCGACAUCGACGAGGACCAACGACCACCCCAACGAAGACUGCUCACAAAACCUGGACGACUUCGAUAUCGCUACUCCAGCAGGUCAAACACGAGAUCCAGUUCUGGUCGUUCUCCUUGUGGGUCCUUGCCCCUACCAUCCCGGGAUCCUUCGACCAACACCAUCAUCGCCCUCAGCUGCAGCCGCAGCAGCACAAUACAAACAGCAACGAUGGCAAAGAGAUUCGCAGCCAGGUACCAUGUCAUUCUCAGCAGUAUGGACCUGUUGAAAUGAAGCAUGGAGGUCUCUUGUCGACAGCCUCGUCGUCAGUCCCCUGUGAAAACACGGACGAGUCCGAGUACGAUUUGAUUCUGUCCGAAGAAACACCCGGACUCGACCGCCAUCUUGCGAGCUCUGCCGUCGUCAUCGCAACAAAGAAGGAGGACGAAGGGAAACAACGACGUAGUCAAGAUAGACGAAAUGGAGGCAACCAGGGUCCAAUUCGGGAACUUCUACAAAGUGAGGACCAACGGUCGUUCGGACAAUUGCAACUCCAUCGCCCCUCAACACGGACAGGGUACAUGUCGCAAUCAAUGCCUGAUCUGCAUGCUGUCGAGAGGACGAUGGGGCCUAGUCCUGUUGCGUCUACACUUGCCCGGUGGUCCCAGAUGGCGCUCGAUUCAGAGCGCCUUGGUAGUAUCUACCAGUACUACUUGAGACAACGGGCUUCGACACUGAAGAAUGAAAGACAAACAAAUGGAUAUGGCGACCACGACAACCAGGGCUCAACGACGAGUGACGAUUCGCAGGAUGACGCCAGUAACAGCGAUGAUAUUGGCAACAAUGACGACGACGAUGACGAAGUGGACCCGGGAAUGACAUUUGUGUUUCGCUCUAGCACACUGCCAACAGUCCGGGUUGGACUUUACAGCGCGGACCAGAAGCGAUUCUGGACUUCUUCCGGAUCGAUUCAUCUCUCACCCUUGUCGGAGUCUUAUGAUUGA